CAGUAUUGUUUGACGUUACUGUCGUUGGCAUCAUAACCUAUUUGUUAUUUGUGUAAGUUACACAGUGUAACUCAUAUACUUACUGUUUUCAUUGAAAAUAUUGCUAAAUAUAGCUUAGUUAAUGUUUCAGUUUUAAAUAUAGUGUAUUAGUGUUACAUUUGGCUCUUAAAAUGGCGCCAAUAGUGAAGAAUUCAUUAGAUGACACAGAUUCCGGCUCUGAUUCUGAUAGUGGGUCAAGUGCAAGUCGCAGUAAGAGUCCCAGCCCUGCCCCUGGUAAAGAAGGCAGCCAAUCGAGAUCAGUAUCUCGCAGCCCAGCAAAGUCAGGAAGUGAAUCUCCUAAAUCUAACCGCUCCGCUAACUCUAGACGAUCUUCAAAUGCAUCCAGAAGCAAGUCCAACUCACCAGCACGCUCCAACAGAUCUCGUUCAGGAUCUGCACAAAGCAACAAAUCUGGAUCAUCAAGAUCCAAUGCCUCCGGUAGCCCAAAACAAAGAGCUUCAAGGUCCAGAAGUGGUUCUCGAAGAUCUCGGUCAGGGUCAGCAAGUGGAAGAUCUCGCUCUGGCACCCCCAAAAGCCGUUCAGCUAGCCCCAAGUCAGGACCUCAGAGCCCUAAAUCUGGAUCCCAGUCUCCGAAAUCCAGAUCGCAGAGUCCUAAAUCUCGUUCACAAAGUCCUAAAUCAAGGUCCCAAAGUCCGAAGUCUGGGGCUAAGAGUAGAUCAAGGUCAAAGUCUGGCAGUGCAAGCCCUAAAAGUAGAAAGUCUAGAUCCAGGUCCGGAAGUGCUUCUUCCAAGAGUCCUGCAAGGUCUGAAGCUCAUGAUAGCAGGUCCAACUCUCCAGGGCUCAUGAUUGAUGAUGCUCAGACUAAGGAAAAGUCGAAGAGUCGUUCCAGAUCUGGUUCGAGACAAUCAAAAUCAAAAAGUCGUUCACGUUCGCGAUCUAAGAGCUCUGAAGCAGAUGUUGGAGAGAAAAAGAAACGAGCAGUGCUCUCCGACUCAGAAAGUGAUGGCGGUACUAAAGCUACUCCUAAACGUAAGAAGGCUGGUUCCGACAGUGGCUCGGAGACCAGUGACAAACCUAAGAAGAAGUCCAAGAAGAUUGUGGACUCUGAUGAUGAUGAUGAGGAGGGGAAAAAGGAAGAGGGAGAUGGAGUUACGGCGGACGCACUAUUCGGAGACGCCUCUGAUAUAAGUACGGAGGAUGAGGGCGGGGCUGACAAGGCGUCGGAGAAGUCUCGGUCCCGCAGUCGGUCGAGGAGUCGCAGCCGUAGCCGGAGCCCGCAGGAGGCGCGGCGGUCGGGAGACGAGGCCAAGGCUAGUGGAGAUGAGCAGGAACCUCGUGAGAAACCGGAGGAGGAGGAAGAGGUGGAGAUCCCGGAGACCAGGAUAGAUGUGGACAUGCCCAAGAUAUGGACGGAGUUGGGCAAGGAGCUACACUUCGUAAAGCUGCCCAACUUCUUGUCCGUGGAGACCAGGCCUUAUGAUCCUAAUACAUAUGAGGAUGAAAUCGAUGAGGAGGAAACUCUUGAUGAGGAAGGUCGUGCCAGGUUAAAAUUGAAAGUGGAGAACACGAUGCGUUGGCGCACGGUAUUCGACAAGGAAGGCAACGCGGUGAAGGAGUCUAACGCGCGGAUGGUGAAAUGGUCUGACGGUAGCAUGUCACUACAUCUCGGCUCUGAAAUAUUCGACGUUUACAAACAACCUUUACAUGGCGACCACAACCAUCUAUUCGUCCGACAAGGUACCGGUCUACAAGGACAGGCGGUGUUCCGUACGAAGUUGUCCUUCAGGCCACACUCCACGGAGUCCUUCACCCAUAGGAAGAUGACACUGUCUCUCGCUGACCGGUCUACCAAGACCUCUGCUAUUAAGAUACUGUCGCAAGUCGGUGCUGAUCCUGAUGCUGACAGGAAAUACCAGUUGAAGAAAGAGGAGAUGGAGUUGCGUGCAGCGAUGCGUUCCCGUGCGUCGACGCGACCGAAGCGCCGCGGGGGCGGAGCCCGGGCCGCCGCCGGCGGACAGCGGGACGACUCCGAGGACGAGGGCGGCGUCUCACUCGCUGCCAUCAAGAACAAGUACAAACAGGGACAGAAAGCUUCAGCAGGAGCGGCGAUAUACUCAUCGGAAUCGGACGGUUCUGACGUGGAGACGCGUCGAGCUCGUCGCCUGGACCGCGCCAAGGCGCUGAAGGACUCUGAUGAUGAAGGCAGUGACCAUGCAGACCAGAACACUCCUCGAAGGACCAGCAGCGCCAGCGGCUCUGGUAGUGGAAGUGGCAGCGAGUAAUAUACAAGAACCGAAGUACAUAAGUACAUAGACAAAAGGCUGGCUAUUCACUUGUGACUCUUCUGUGUGUUGAGGGUGUCCAUGGGCAACUCAAUAUCCUUAGUAUGAGUUUGCUUUAUGUUGAAAGUGCAUUUGGCGCUGUGAUUAUUAUUCGAACCGACCAAUUAGAGCGUACGAACGUAGCGAACGUAAAGCAAACUCAUUUUAAGGGUACUGAUCGCUUACUAUCAGAUGAUGCCCCCAUGUAUCACAUGUGUACAAAAGUACACAAUUUAAUUGUAUUUGGCAAUAGGAGUGUAUAAUUGUUUGAUAAUGGAAAUUUACCCUUAUUUUUACAAUAGUAAGAAACAAAAUCCUAUGACUAUGAAUUAGACUGAAAUAACUAUUAAAGGUAAGCGUUCACAGGCCUACAUCGUACACAUUCCGUAUGACUUCAUCGGUACGCAUCGCAUGUUGGCAUUGCCGAUGAUGCGGUCCGUACGAUUCGGAUCAGUGGACGCAGUUGAAUGCGUUUCAAUAGAAGACAAACUAAAAUGCGUUGCGUGGGAUGCGUUCAAUGCGUGGGAUGCCGAUCUGUGAACGUUUACCUUAAAAAGACAUCUCUUCUAUUACGUUAGCGUUGUAACGUCAACAUUUUUGCAUUGUAGCAUUUUAUUCAUAUAAUGAAUGCAAUAUUUAGUAAAUUCUGACAAAACCAACUGUACUGUGUGACUCGUACGUUAAGCACGUUAUAGUUAAGUAAGUUGUAAAUAUAUUUAGUUAUUUAACUAAA